AUGAAACGUCGUGUGGUGAUCGUGGGCGCCGGCCCGUGCGGGCUCGUGGCGCUCAAGGAGAUGGUCGAGAGCGGGCACGAGGCCGUGCUGUUCGAGCGGUCGGGACAACUGGGGGGUGUGUUCGCCAGUGCCACGGCAUAUCCCAACCUGCACCUCACCAUCAGCAACUGGGCCAUGGCCUUCUCCGACUUCCCGGACCCGACGAGGCUGCAUUACUCGACUGCCCAAGAGUACCUGCACUACCUCCACGAAUAUGCCCGCCAUUUCGACCUCGGCCGCCAUAUCAGGUACCACAGCGACGUGUGCAGCGCGACCCUGGGUGACGACGGGAAGUGGUCGUUGGAGAUCCAGAACAACAAUACUCUGCCCGCCGGCGGUCCAGGGCAGCAGCAACCCACGAUCCACCAUGUGCAGGCCGACGCGCUCAUCGUCGCCACCGGGUCGAACGGGAUCCCCAACAAUGCACGACCUGCGGGUCUGUCCGGGUUUGAGGGCCGUGUGAUCCACUCGUCGCAGUACGACGAGGCCUUCAAGCGCGAAGUCGCAGAGAAGAAGCUGCGCGUGCUGGUGGUUGGGGGCGGCGAGAGCGGUGCAGAUAUCUCUGCCGAGCUGGGCGAGCGGUCGCCCAACAACGUCACUGUCUGGCUGCGCCGUCCCGUCUGCGUCGGGCCCCGGUACCUGAACCGGAAGGACGAGAUGCAACAGGUGCAAGCCAACAUGGCCGUCGACUUCCCGGCCAACAGCUUCCUCGAGGCCGCCACCACGAACCGCAUGAGUGCCGCCCAGAACGUGUACGCGUACGGCGUCUUCCGCAGGCUGCUGUGGUGCACACCCGUGCUGAACGGCACACUGGCGCGCAUGUCCCUGGCCAGCACGGCCUCUGCCAUCCUGCGCAACGACCAGGCCACCUACGUCACCAAGAACCAGCGCAUGUGCGAGGCGCUGCAUGCUGAGAAGAUCGAGGUGCUGGUCGCGCCGUCAAUUACCGCACGCGGGAAAAGCCUCGAGUUUGUGGUGGCUGACGACGGCGGCGGCGGCAGCAGCAGCACGACGACGACAACAACAACGACGCAGCGGCGCGAGUUUGACGCCGUCGUGCUGUGCACCGGCUUCCGCGUCGAGUUCCCCUGGAUCCAUAUUCCCGGUGAACAGGCCUCGUUGUCGUUGUCAUCGAACCCUCGCUCGUGGUAUCUGCACUGCUUCCCCGAGGGACUAGGCCACUGCCUCUUUUUUGUGGGUUAUGCCCGACCUCACCAGGGCGGCGUGCCUGUCAUGGCCGAGAUGCUGAGCCGAUACAUCGCCUUGCUGCUAAGUGGUGAGAGGGAGCUUCCGUCCGAUUACUCAGCGCGGGCCCAGCGAGAUGCCGCAGCCUCGCGCGCGUACUACAACCUCAGCCCCAAUCUGCACACUCUCGUCGAUUACAACGCCUUCCUGGAGAGCGUGGCGCGGCGCAUAGGUUGUGAGCCGAGACUGCCCAUGCUGUGUACCAUGCUGGUCAACUUCCACGUGCUGACGGUCCUGCUCCUGCUCGCCCAGCUGCUGUGCUUUCCGACGUUGCUGCGGUCGUGGUGGAGCCUUCGGACCACGCUGCUGAUGUGGGCGAUAUCAAUGGCCGGCUUCUUCGUGCUCCACGACGGCGUGCUGAUCAAGUGGUGGUUCUACCCGCACUGGGCGGUGUGGUACCGUCAACGCGGUCCCGGGGCCCAUCCCGCGCUGCUGGACGGCGUCUUGGCCCGCGUGAAUCUGUGGAAGUCGACCGCCAUCACCUCCGGGUUUGUCUUGCUGGUGCUCUGGUCGGUGCCGACAUUCUAUGUACAGCGUAUCUUCUCUGUCUUCUUGUUUGCGUCUAGUGCCGUCCUGUCUGCACUCGACAUCCAGCUUCCUGUGGCGUGGGUCGGUCUGCUCCGGCCAAAGCUCUUUGCGUUGCACGACUGCCCGUGGCGAGUGGCUGAUCUCUACUUACCGUGA